CGUUUGACCGUGCGCGUCCGUCGUCCGUGCGCAUCUCUUCAUUUCACUUUGCGCGCGCACUACCGCCGGCCCUGCGGUAUUCGCUCUUCUUCUUUCGAUGUGAGACGAUUUUCACUGAGGAGCGUCUCGCCAACGCUUUUUUUCAACAUCUAAACUCUGCACUCGCGUUUGGAGCUCGUCAACGUCGGUUUCCAGUGUGGAACCAUGGCCAACUCCGUGCGCAAGAUUUGCACGAAAAUCGGAAACGGUCAUCAGUACUUAUUGGGCACGGCCAAAACGACAGCGUACGGCGGUCACGUCGUGUCGGACACCGUUCAACAGCAUCACUUGGCCAGACCACAGGUCGAAACAUUGUGCAAAAUCAACUAUGCCGAAAAUUCGUUACGUCGGUCACAACCGUUGCUCGAUUACAUUGUUCGACCUGUCAAAAACAAACAAUCUGCAGAAGCAGCGGCUGUUGAAUGGUUUAACAGACACACAAAUCCCGAAAAUGAUGUUUGUCACAGCAGUGCGUUUAAACAAGACGAUCCCAUCAAGUCUGACAAAAAUACUAGCACGUCAGAUUCUAAAGGACUACCAAGUGCAGAACAGCUAGACCGUGUUUACAAUAGGUUGGGGGAAGAUUUACCAUUAAUGUUUAAGCAAAAUUUAGAUUAUGCAUUAUACCAUCCCAAAUUGGUAUUUGAGAAUAACAUCAGAGGAACAAAGAGUGUAGGCUUAGAAUAUUUUAUGUCAAUAAUUUCUAUACUGCGUUUGAUGGGCCAUAUUAAGUAUGCUUUUGUAAAAUUUGAUAUUUUAAAAAUUACCAAACAUCCAGAAGAUGGAACGAUUAAAAUACGUUGGAGAAUCAAAGGUAUAUCAGGAAUGAAAGUGUUUCUGAAGUUUUGGAAAUUCAGACUAUGGAAUUUGGAACAAGUCAUUAAAGAAAAUGUAGAAUCGUGGCAUGAUGGUUUUUCAAUAUUCUAUUUAGGGUCUGAUGGUUUGGUUCAUAAGCUUACUGCUGACAAAAUGCAACCAGAUAACGACCCAGUAAUUGAGGAAAAAAAUCCACUGGCGACAAAAUUGGCUCUCUUUUUAGGACUAUCACCACAGUUGGGUAAUUUGGAUUGCUUAAUUUCAUUUGACUCUGAACAGACAAAUGAAUUAUUGAAAAUGGUUAUUAUGUCCCUAGAAGAUGUUAUUUAAUAUUAAAGACAACAUUUAAUAAUACUUCGAGCCCUGUCAAAGAAUAUAUCCAUUAUUUUUAUACCAUGGAAAUUAUUGUUUAAUAAUAUUUAUGUGGCCGUUGUAUAUUUGUUGUUUUGUUAAUUAUGAAGAAAUGUUUGUUGAAUGUAAAAUAGUUAAAUAAGUAGAUAUUUAAUUAAACCCAACACCUUGAAUGUUGUUACUUGUGAUGAAAAACACAGAAUUGCUUAUAGAAUUACAAAAUACUGUUGUAGAUGAGCAUUGCAAUUGACUUGUCGUGUAAACCAAACAUAAAUAUAACGCUUCAUUGGUUCACCAAAUUUAAUAUAAUCAA